GACCUCGACCUCGCCUGUUGACAUUCUUUCUGAAUUCUGGGAGCAUGUCAUGAGCUGCUUCCAUUGCAAGAUCUAGCAUCCUCCAGCUUCUCGAAAAUGCGACGAAUCCUCACUCGGAACAUUCCUGCUGUAGCAGUACGAACUCCACGCUCGGCGCCUGCUUUCAGAAUGCCUUCCCCGCUCGAUCACUCGAAGACUGCCACUCGCAGACUGCAUGCUACAGCUCAACACCUCAAGCCCGCAGCGGCCCUAGCAUUCGAUUCCACCAACUAUCCUACCUCCCACGAAAAAAUCCAGGAUGUCCAAGAUACCCCGUACUUCAUUGAUAACAAAUUUAUGAAAUCAGAAGCUACCCAAUUCAUCGAGCUCCACGACCCUGCUACAAAUAAUCUCGUCACAAGGGUACCACAAAGCACAGAUGCCGAGCUCAAGGCUGCUGUGGAGAGUGCAAAGAAGGCUUUCCCAGCUUGGAGGGCUACGAGCGUAAUGGCGAGGCAACGAAUCAUGUUCAAGUUUACACAGUUAGUUAGGGACAACUGGGACAGAUUGGCAGCUAGUAUUACACUGGAACAAGGCAAGACCUUUGCCGAUGCCAAGGGAGACGUGCUUCGUGGUUUACAAGUUGCUGAAGGAGCGUGCAACAUUCCUCAGCAAAUGAUGGGUGAGGUUCUAGAGGUCGCCAAGGAUAUGGAGACACGAAGCUACAGGGAGCCAUUGGGCGUUGUAGCCUCUAUCUGCCCGUUCAAUUUCCCUGCCAUGAUUCCUCUCUGGUCCAUCCCAAUUGCAACCGCCACCGGCAAUUGCCUCAUCCUAAAGCCUUCAGAACGAGACCCUGGUGCGGCAAUGAUCCUAGCUGAAUUAGCUGAGAAAGCCGGUUUCCCGCCAGGAGUGCUCAACGUUGUCCACGGUGCGGCCAAGACGGUUGAUUUUAUUAUUGAUGAGCCAGCUAUCAAGGCCAUCAGUUUCGUGGGCAGCAACCGCGCCGGAGAAUAUAUCUUCACCCGCGGAUCCGCGAAUGGAAAGCGUGUGCAAGCCAAUUUGGGUGCAAAGAACCACGCAGCGAUCCUUCCGGAUGCUAAUAAGCAACAUGCACUCAACUCUAUCGUGGGUGCUGCAUUCGGUGCUGCUGGUCAGCGAUGCAUGGCUCUUAGCACUUUGGUUAUGGUUGGCGAGACCAAGGACUGGCUUCCAGAACUUGCUGAGAGCGCGAAGGCUCUGAAGGUCAACGGUGGCUUUGAGGAGGGUGCUGAUUUGGGUCCUGUGAUCUCACCUCAAAGCAAGGAGAGAAUUGAGAGUCUCAUUUCAAGUGCAGAGGAAGAGGGUGCAACCAUCCUAUUAGAUGGUCGCGGUUACAAGCCCGCGAAGUACCUAAAUGGCAACUGGGUUGGACCAACCAUUAUCACAAACGUUAAGCCGCACAUGAAGUGCUACCGAGAGGAGAUUUUCGGUCCUGUCCUGGUCUGCUUGAAUGUCGACUCACUUGAUGAAGCUGUCGAUCUCAUCAACGCCAAUGAGUACGGAAACGGUGUCGCUAUCUUCACAAAAUCUGGAGCCACCGCUACCGCAUUUCAGAAGAACAUCGAGGCUGGACAAGUGGGAAUCAACGUGCCUAUACCCGUUCCGCUUCCAUUCUUCUCAUUUACUGGAAACAAAAAGAGUAUUGCUGGAGGUGGUGUGAGCACUUUUUAUGGAAAGCCUGGAUUACAAUUUUACACCCAGCUUAAAACUGUAACUAGUCUUUGGAAGGCCGAGGAUGCUAUUUCCAAGGCGGCAGAUGUUGCUAUGCCUACACACAGCUAGACCCUCAUUUGUUGCGCAGAAUGUAUAUUCCAUCAAUGAUGGUUGGGAGGGUCUCGGCAAAAUGGAACAACCUUGAUGACAAAAGUUCUAUGGUUUUCACAGAUUCUACCUUAAGUAUAACGGUCGUGUAUGAGAUCUUUGUCCCAAAACCUCCUGUAACAAUUCGACUUGCUCAAAAUCCUCUCAAUCACUACAUCGCGACUCAACCCAACUUGGCCUCCCUAAUAGCAAGUCAUAGUUAAUCCUCUUACACCUGCCCACAUUCUCUCCCCUGCGUAUCGAUUCUGAAAAUAAUCAAUGCAUACUGCGCAUGUUUCGCGUCAAUAUACCAGAAUUGCCCUCCAUGUCCAACACCACAAACUCCGGAUUCGUUUUGGCAAUAACAAGCAAAAUCUCAAUCCUCCCAACUCUGGAUUUCCC